CAACGGUGACAGCCGCGCGAAUAAAUAAAAAGUGCAUAAAUAAUUUUUUUUCAAAAUUACUGUUAAUCGCUAAUCGCUAUUCAGACGGAGGCAAACGAAAACAGAAAGAUUCAGGUUUUGUUGUUAUUCGCAAGCUAAUCACCCCCAAACACAAGUGAUAAUCAAACGUAAAACGUUUCAAAGCUGGUUUGAUUAUUGUACAAAAUGAUGGAGGUUUUUGAGUUUGAGAAGUCGCUUUUGGUACGACUCCAAGAGGCACAAGAUAUCUUAGGUGCUCGCGACAUUCCGGUCAGCGCUUCUGGGGUUCGAAACGAAUGGGCCAACUACAUGGAAGUAGCCCUAGAGCCAACCGGGUGGCAAGCGCUGUGGCGAAUUCCACGCGUCGUUUGCGAAGAACUGUCGGUAAAAUUUCCAACCGUCGUAAUGGGAACCGUUGAACAGGUUCUUUUUGACGAAUUGAAAGCAAUAUUUUCGAUCAAUGCGGUUCAGGAUGACGAUGUACAUUUACCGGAUAAGCAGAUCGUGUCGCUGGAGGAAUUGUGGCCGCUCAAAGAGCAGGAAAAUGAUUGCCUUAAUAUUGAUCGUACUGCCGAUUGUGUGGAUCAGUUAAGAUUCUUCUACCAGCACAUUUGGAUGCCUUGGGACAACGAUGAUGAUAGUGAUGGUAGCGACUGGGCUGAAAAACAUCUCGAAAGUCGUAUCAAAUUCUACUACGAUCUGAAAAAUAAAACAAUGUCGAAGCGAUUAUCGUCUCAUAUUUUAGCUUUGCUGGCCGAAGCAAAUUACAUUCAGAAAAAGCGAGAGUUGCUGGAAAAGGAAAUCGAACAAGAGGAAGAAGACAAAGAAGAUGCGGAAGAGUAUGGUUUGCCACAUCCGACAAAAGCAUGCGAACUGAUGGAGAUUCAUUUACGGCUAUGCUCGAUCAAAAACGAUGUUGAUAUUUUGGAAAAUCCGGCAAUGCGCGGCGUGUAUGAAAAGAUCCGGUUUUCGGAUGAAGGCGUUAGUUUUGAAAGUAAGCCCAUAAACGCAGUUGAUGUUAGGAUCGUUACACAUGUAGGGACAUUGCAAGAGCAGAUUGAAUAUCUGGAAAAAGUCAAGCAACAAGUUGACGAUCAGCAAAAGUUGGUCCGUAUUUGUGACACUCUGCAAGGAGCACUAGAAAGUAGUAAAUCAUCCGAUCAAAUUUUCUUGCCGCCUGGACGGCAUUCGAUCAAUUUUUUGGAAUAUCUCAGCAAUGGCGGAUCGAUCAAAGCAAUUAGUCCGGUACCAUUUGUUUUUAUCAAUCCGAACCAGCUGCUGUUUAUAGAAGCAACAGCUGCAGUGAACUCUAAAAAUGAUGAUAGCAUUCUGAUAACUAUUGAUGGAGAUUACUGUUUCGAAAAUAUUUUGCUAGACUGCGCCAAUGUGCGCACUGGAAUGCUGAUCAAAAGUGGUAACGUAACAUUUCAAAAUUGCUACUUCGCGGGCGACAAAAAAUCUACUACAAAGCAGGGAAUUGUGAUUUUUGGCAACUCCACUAUACAGUUUGAGCGGUGUGUCAUAAAGGAUUUUGCUGCUGGAAUCUAUUCUAAUCAAAAUUGCAAAAUUAAACUAGUCGAUAGUGUCAUUCGGGAUUGCAUCAAUGGAAUUGAAGUUCUGGAUGGUUGCAGCGUUAAUUUUUGUCGCUCCAAAAUUAUAAACAGCUUGAACUACGGUGUAACUUUGGAAGUGAACGACUUGCAAAACUUUGAGAAGGGCGAAACACGUCGUAUUUAUCGCGAUUAUGAUUCAGUCGACCGACCGGAGUUUGCUUUUGAAGGACCAUGUGAGUUCACGGGUAACACUAAAGCUAACUUCGUAGUUUUUCACGGCAGUGACGCAGCAUUCAACAAUUCUUGCUACGCUGAUGAAACUUCUGUGAACGAAAAUGUUUCUUUUGACGGUGGAGACCAGAGCAAUAAUAAUUGAUAAUGAAUCAGACCACGAUCGGACCAAAGAACAGAUGAAUAACGGACAGUUAACCAACGAGAUUAGCGAGGAUAAGGAUUUGUUCUCUAAGACAGACAAUUCACACUCGACCGGGCAUGACUCUGACCUUGACCACAGUACCGAAUCUGAAAGCUUCGAUGACAGGUUCGGGCAAUCGCUUGAGAUAAUUGAAAUUGAUGAUACAGUAAUUGAAGUCGAUUGAGAGGGCUUAUUCAAUUGAAAGUUAUUAAUUGAAAGUUGAAUUGAGAGUAUAAUUUUAAAUAAAAAUACCAUACUAGUGUGAAGAAAUUAGACGAUUGUAUAACAAUUCCCGAAACAUGUUUUACCGAAUAUUAUGCAUUCCCACAAACUUUUUUAUUGUGUUUUGUACAUUUGUAAUUGUCUAUUCAGCAUUUGUUAUUAUUUCAUUUAGAAUAUUCAAACCUCAACAUCCCAUAGAAAUGGUUUAUGCAAAAAGUUUUUGCCUUCCAAUGUGUUUACGAAAUUUGAAAAAUAGGUUUUUAGUGGGUGACACAAUCCUUUAGUUCUAUUCGACCUCAACCGUACUCUUAUUGCCCAAAAAGUUGUUUGCAAAAUUUUUGCCCAUAAAAGAUUUGAUUCGAUCAUUAUCGUAGAAAACACUUGCUCUGUACUGACAACUUAUGUACCUCCUUAUUUGCUAUCGCUUGUUUAUUUCGUAAACGGAAAUAUAGCACCAAGUUAACGAAAGAAACCGGAAGCUCUGUUAUAUGUUUGCAAGAGGCCACCGCUUCCAACAACGAGCCUUCGCUGCUUUUCAACAUCAUGUUAUAUGAAUAAACUUUAUGUUUUUGAGGAAAAGUUUCGGGAAAUUCGACAUCGAGGAAAUAUUACAUAACCAUUCCAACUUCAAG